CCUCCCGUCGCCUUCACUGGGACUCUCAAGCACGCGCGCUUCAAACGCGGCCGCGCGCACGCGGCUGGCAGCGAGCGCCAGGUCAGAAGGGUGGGAGGGACCACCUGCUAAUGUAGGAGGGGGGUAGGUAGGAAAAGGAAAGGAACCCGGACGUGUUCCCCUCAGCCAGCCAAGCAGUUGCAGCCACCAGUUCUGGCCCCGCCCACUGCCAGCCUUUUGCCCCCCCUCCGCCUUUCUACUUCCGCACGGUCGCCCUCCUCCCCCCCCCUCCGGCCUGGGGCUGCGGAGCGAGAGGCGGAAGAAGGUAGACGUAACAGGCAGAAAGAAACCGAAGACCCGGCCAGAGGAGGGAGUGCACGGCCACGGCAGGGAUUAAAGACACACAGGAGUCUUCAUGGAUAUAGUUGAUACAUUUAACCAUUUAAUUCCUACUGAACACUUAGAUGAUGCCCUAUUUCUAGGAUCCACCCUGGAGAAUGAAGUCUGUGAGGAUUUUAGUACAAGUCAAAAUGUCUUAGAGGACUCGCUGAAGAACAUGCUCAGUGAUAAGGACCCUAUGCUAGGAUCUGCAAGUGCUCAGUUCUGUUUGCCUGUUCUGGAUAGCACUGAUCCCAAUUUCCAGAUGCCUUGUUCAACAGUUGUUGGACUUGAUGAUAUUAUGGAUGAAGGAGUUAAAGAAACUGCCCGCAGUACCAUUGAUGAAGACGAUUUUUCACCUAACAGGAAUUUGAGGGACCAAAUGGACGGAGCUUCAGUCAAAUCACCUAGAAAAUCUCCACGUUUAAUGACACAAGAACCUGUACGAAGUCUGCGGCAGAGUACACUAGCCAAGCGCUCCAGUGCUUUGCCAUCUACUAACACAAAGAAGUCCUCUGUAAAGCCUGGAGCUGCCCAAAAGGCAGGGCUGAAACAGCAGGAUAAAGGGCUGAUCAAGCCAGAAGAUAGCAGUGCACCAGAGCAUCCAAAAGAGGUUGGGCACACUAGUAAGGAACCCUGCCAGGAAGAGAAGGCAACAGAAGUAUCAUCAACAUCAGACGAUUCAGAAUGGGCUACAUGUUGUGCGACAUCAGAGGAAGUGAAAAUGGAUAGUAAACAUAAAAUUCCCCAUCAAGCAAGUACAGAUGAUGCACCUCAUGAACAAGAAAAUUCUUCUCAGUUCCCAGGGACCAGUUCUCCGAUUAAAGAACCAGGAAGUGAGAUUGAAGUUGUUGCCGGAAGUGAUUGUGACAGUGUCAGACUGGGGGUGGCAGCAUUGCCCCAAGUAGAGACUAAUCAAGUACAAAAUAAUCCAGUUCAAAAGGAUGGGAAUGAAACUGUAGCUAAUGAAAUCAUUUCUGAAGUUUCUACAAAAGAAAAGACAGAUCAUAAACUUGUGAAAGAGCUGAACAAAUCUAUAACGGACAGUGAAAGCAACGAAACUGAAAUGGUCGAAACUCCAUAUGUUACAACAAGUCAUGAAAAUGCAAGUGAGGCUGAGGAAACCCUUACAGUUGAAUCCAGUUUUGUGGAUGGAAAGUCUGACAGUAGCUCAGACUUGAAAGCUAGUGGGGAGGUUGCUCAUCAGAUUAGUUUUCCGGAAGACGACAAGCAAGAACCUUCAGAUGGCUCUGAAAAGGAUAAGAUGAAAAAUGAUCCUGUAGAUAUUGUGGAACUUGAUCAGACCAGUUCCAAAAUUACUGAUGCUGUUUCUGCCAAAUCAGUAACUCCUGCAUUAGAAAGUGUUCAAGACAUUCCAGUCCCAAUUGUACAACAGCAGAAUGAUAGAGAACAGAUGGGAGAUCAUGAAACUGCAGGGCUGCAGAAAGAUAAUCCUUCUAGCACUACAUCAAAAUGUAUAAAAAAUGUGAAGCCCAAACAUGCCAAGCAUAAACAAAAUAAAGCUACAGCUGUCCAACAAAAGUUAGCUUCCAUAAACCAAGAAGUGCAUCCUAAAACAGAAAUUCUUCAUAGUCAUUCUUCAGUAAGUCUGAAACGUAAUGCAGAAGAACAAGGGAGUUUGCAACAUUUUCAUAAGCCAGCAAAAGUUAAGAAAAAACAUGAAAAUAAGGAUCUGAAGGCCCAGAGCUGUGACUCUGGAAUAGCUCUAAAGAAACAGCCCCCUGGGAAAAAUGUUCCUCGGGCCCAAAUCCCAGCUCAUGUACGGAAAGCAUGUACCGAAAAAGCAAUGGACAACAAAUCCUCCAGCCGUCAAGCUGGUUUAAAAGAAGGCCCUUCUUUAGUUUCUGGAUCUGUGCAUCCUAAGCAAGGACAAUUGCCACACAAUCAAAAACAGCCACAGAAGCAUCCAUUUCUGAAAACAAAUAAUUGUGUUAAAGAGGAAGGGGGAGUAAAGAAAGAUUCCAUGGGAAUGCCUGUGGAUCAUUUGAAAGAGGAUGAAAGAGAAAAAUUUAAACUCAGAAAGUUAGAGAAGAGUCUUCAGCCUCGGCAGAGAAGAAGCAGCAAAAGCCUUUCAGUUGAUGAGCCACCUUUAUUCAUUCCAGAUAAUAUUUCCACUAUAAAACGAGAGAGUUCAGACAACCUGUCUCCCAGUGAUAGCAAAUCUCUCUGGGUACCUAGUAAGCAGUGCGGGUUUUGCAAAAAGCCACAUGGCAACAGGUUCAUGGUAGGCUGUGGUAGAUGUGAUGAUUGGUUUCAUGGUGAUUGUGUUGGGCUGAGUCUUUUCCAAGCCCAGCAAAUGGGAGAAGAAGACAAAGAAUAUGUAUGUGUGAAAUGUUGUGCUGAAGAAGACAAAAAACCAGAUGUUCUUGAUCAAAAUAUACUGGAUACGCAAGUAAAACAGGAACCAACCAGAGAAAGUAGAACAAUGGAAUAUGAGAAGCCUGGGAUAUCAAAGCAAACACCCACAUGCCCACCAAAUAAAACAAAGGUGGGGGAAGACAACGUGAAGCACAAAGUCAAAAUUUUUAAACGGGAAUCUGGUGAAGGAAGAGCAGUAUCAGAAAGCAAAGAUUCUGAUGUAAAAAAGGGGGCUCAAAUUCCCAUUAGGAAAAUGGGGCAAAUGACUGCUGUUCCUCGUCGGUCUUCUGAAGAAAAACAAGAAAGAAAUAAGGAUACUCUUAGUGUUUCUUGUUCAAGUGAAAGCACAACAAAAUCAGGAUUUCAAGAUAGACCAGAAGGAAAGAAAAAGAAGACAGAGAAAGGAGGAACUGCCAGUACUGUACACCUGCCACCUGCAUCCAAGCCUUCUACUGAUCAGAUAAGACAGAGUGUUAGGCAGUCACUCAGAGAAAUCUUGGAGAAGAGACUUGCUGACUCAACUCUGAAGAUUCCUGAAGAAAGAGCAGCAAAAGUUGCAAUCAAGAUUGAAAAAGAGCUAUAUUCAUUUUUUCGGGAUACUGAUUCCAAGUACAAGAAUAAGUACAGAAGCUUGAUAUUCAAUCUGAAAGAUCAAAAAAACAAUAUACUAUUUAAAAGAGUAUUGAAAGGUGAUGUUACUCCAGACCAUCUCAUAAGAAUGAGCCCGGAAGAAUUGGCUUCUAAAGAACUAGCUGCAUGGAGGAAAAGAGAAAACCAACAUACAAUUGAAAUGAUUGAAAAAGAGCAGAGGGAAGUUGAAAGGCGACCGAUAACAAAAAUUACUCAUAAAGGUGAAAUAGAGAUUGAGAGUGAAACUCAAGUAAAAGAGCCAGAAGCAGUCAUGGAACAUCAGGAAUCUGUUUCAGUUAAGGUUAUGGAAAAGAUGGAGGAAACAGAAAAAGAUAAAGAAGUUGAUGAAUCUGCCACUCCUGAUACAACAAGUCAGCACAAACAUCAUCUCUUUGAUCUCAACUGUAAAAUUUGCAUAGGUCGAAUGGCACCACCUAACGAUGACCUUCCUGGGAAAAACGUGAAAGUGUCAGCUGGAGUUGCCCGUAAACCUUCAGACAAUGAGGCAGAAAGCCUCGCAGAUGCCCUUUCCUCAACAACAAACAUUUUAGCUUCGGAAUUAUUAGAGGAAGAUAUAGAAUUACCAAAUCUGGCACAUGCCUCUGCUGCAACUCCUAGAUCAGAAACCCCAGGCACUGUUGAAAGUGAAACACUCUUUCUAGCUCGUCUGAACUUUAUUUGGAAAGGCUUUAUCAACAUGCCAUCUGUUGCAAAGUUUGUUAUCAAAGCUUAUCCAAUCUCUGGUUCUUUUGAAAAUUUAACAGAGGAUUUGCCUGAUAGUAUCCAAGUAGGUGGCAGGAUAUCACCUCAGACUGUUUGGGAAUAUGUUGAAAAAAUAAAAGCUACAGGGACAAAGGAAAUCUGUGUGGUUCGGUUCACACCUGUGACUGAAGAGGAUCAGAUUUCAUACACCUUGCUGUUCGCGUAUUUCAGCAGCAGAAAACGUUAUGGUGUAGCUGCUAAUAACAUGAAGCAAAUCAAGGAUUUGUAUAUUAUCCCUUUAGGUGCCUCUGAUAAAAUUCCACAUCAGCUGGUGCCAUUUGAUGGUCCUGGAAUUGAAGUCCACCGACCCAAUUUGUUGCUGGGGCUGAUCAUUCGCCAGAAGUUAAAAAGACAGAUAAAUGCAGUUGCUAAUGCCAGCACAAGUCAUACAGAAGAAAGUCUUGAAAGCAGCUCCAUUAGUUUGCCACCAGAAAAGAAAAGCAAACUAAGUAAACCCGAAGUGCUUCAUUCAGAAGCAAUAGAAAAAGAGGAGGAAAAUGACUUUUUUAACUCCUUCACAGCUGUGUUGCACAAACAAAGGCUUAAGUCUCAGCAGUCUAGUUCAGAAGAAGUAGCAACCAGUGAACCUUCUGUCGAGACCAUAAAACAUGAGCCACCAAAGCCUCUGCGGUUCCUUCCUGGAGUUCUGGUUGGAUGGGAAAAUCAGUCAUCUGCUCUGGACUUAGUGAGUAAACCAUUGCCAGUAGAUGAUAUUCUUCAAAGUCUUCUGGGUAUGACAGGGCAGAUGCCUGAGCAUAUCCAGUCGACAGGGGACCAUCCUGCUGAUGAAAACCUGCCUGAAAAACAGGCAGAUAUAAAAGAAGAAAAAAUGGACAUUCCUGUAGUAACUCCUGAACUUGAAGAAAUGAAAGAUAGCCAGGGCACCUCAGAAGAAUCCACAGAAAAUAUAGCAGCAGCUGAUACACUGGUAGUGGAUGUCUCAUGCUCUUCAGGAAAUCUGACAAGCCUGAGUCUUAAGGGAAAACCCCCAGAUGUUUCUACAGAAGCAUUUUUAGCCAACUUGGCUAUUCUUUCACAGAACAAAGAAACCAAAGAGGCUACUGAAAGCAUUGUGAUGUUGGGAGAUGCGGAUAAUGUUUCUCAGGAAGAUAAAAGGACCACCAGUUGUCCUGCCUCAUUCAGCUUAGGAAAGGCUGGUGGGAGCAAUAAUGCUGCUGUAGCAUCUGUUGAUGCUACAGCUGCUAAUAAUGCAAAAUCUCCACAGUUCAUUAAUCUUAAAAGGGAUCCAAGGCAAGCAGCAGGACGAAGCCAACAGAGCAACACUUCAGAAGGUGAAGGUGACAGUGUUAGAAACGAAGACAUACAAAAUAACCAACAACUGGACACUUCAGAAAUUGAGGAGACAAACGUAGAUAAUAAACAGUCUUCAGGAAAUGAUCCAAACUUAGAUCAGAGCAAUAGUCAAGCAAGCAAGGUGACAACAGCUUCAGCUGCAACUAAAGCAGAUGAUGUCUGUCCCUCCCAGCUGGAAGAUGCAAAUCAGUCCCAGGAAAAAGCACUGAUGCAAAACAUUGAGACGGUACAUUCAGUUAGAAGAGGCUUAUUGCCACCCCCACCCCCACCCUCAUCAUCAUCAUCUCAGUUUGAAACUGAAAAUUCUUGCCAUGCUGAGUUCAGUACCAAAACUGGUGGUCCUGUCACAAGUGGAAACUUCUCACCAAUAAGGACUCAGCAACCCAAUUUUCAGCAUACUAAAACUGCUCCACCUGCUUUUCCGUUUCAAGGGGCUGUUCCUCCUACCUUUCCUCUGCAAAACAACCCUGUGUUUGGGUUUCCUCCCCAUUUGCCCCCUCCACUUCUUCCUCCUCCAGGCUUUGGUUUUCCUCAGACUCCUCUGAUACCGUGGCCCCCUGUGAUGCAUCUGUCAGGUCAGCCCCCACACUUCGUUGGGCCAGUUCCACCAGCUCCUCCACUGGUACAUAAACAGUCAAGAUUCUCAGGGCCAGAGCACUUUUAUCAGAGCAGAGACAAUAGAAGGCCAGAGAGGCGUCACAGUGACCCUUGGGGUAGACAAGGCCCACAUUUGGAGAGAACCUUCGCUAGGAAGAAAAGUGAACAGCACAGGCAAAGAUUUUACAGUGAGUCUCACCACCAGAAAAAAGGAAGGCAUGACUGGGAGCCAGAUUCUGAAAGGAACAGACAUAGAGAUAGAACCCAGGAUAAAGAAAGAGACAGAAAAAGCAGGGAGGAAGGGCAUCGAGACAAAGAGAGGUCACGACUUUCACACAGUGAUAAAGACUCUGAAGGCAGAUCCUCAAGAGAAAGUAGAAAUCCUGAAAAAAAGGAUGUUCCUAAAAGUGAAGAGCGGGCUCACGAUAAGGAGAGAGAGAAAAGUAGGGAGAGGCAUAGAGAACGUGAUAGUGAAAAGAAUCGAGAUAGGCAUCACAAGGACAGGGACCACAGUGACCGAAGUAAAAGCAAAAGGUAAAAGCCACAAAGGGGACAGGCUGUGUCUUUUAAAGUUUUAAAUAAACAAAAAAAAUAUGUGUUAAAUAUGUCUUCAAACUCUGUAAAAUAUGUCUGGGUAUAAUUGUGCCAUCAAUUUUUCCUUCUUUUUUAUAUUCACUACUUCUGUUUGGCUUGGUACAAGUCUGAGUACCCUUUACUCCUUUUCUUUUGCGUUCUACUGAUUUAGGAGAAGUUGAACAGUUCAAAAUUUUACAUUGCUUGUACAGACAGGAUUUUAAGGAUUUUCUUUUAAUAUGCAAUAAAGACAUAUAAAGCUCAUUGAUCAAAUUUGGCUUUCGUCAAGAUGUGUUCGCCAUCUUUGGUGACUUGUGCUCUCCUCUGUUUUAAGAUGCUUGAGUUGCUAUAAUGGCAAAAUUUGUACUAUGAAAAUAUUAAGUUGUUCCACUCAAGGGAGCAUUGUGACAGAAUCUCAGAAUUCGUAUUGCAAUAUAACAGUCAGUAGGGGGUGUGUUUAAGGAUUCAGAAAGGGGGGAAUUGAAACAAAAGCAGUAUUGACCAUUGCAUAUUUGCUGAGCAUCUGAAACAGUUUGUGAGCAGAAAUCAGAAGGCUGCGUGGUCCAAAUUUUAUCACUUUAGGACACACUUAUUUUAAUAAGUAUUUUUUUUACAACUUUAGCCUUUGUUGAUAUGAUUUGUAUUAAAUUAAUUUUCAGCCAUUUCUUGUGCUUAAAAAACUUGAAUACCUACGCUUGUACAUGUGUUUUACUAUCCUUUAUAUUGUAAAAUGUAAAUAUUUUAAGGGAUAUUUUGAUUCUACAAAUGAUAAAGCCUUUCACAGCUGUUUGUUUGAUUUUAAUAGAUGUGAAGCAAUAGGCUAAACAGCUAUAACAAAGAGAUGUAUAAAUGUGGCUUGGCUUUACAAUUCCUGGUAAUUUUUAACGACCCUAGGGUUUUUAAUAAAUAGAUCCGUAAAUUUCUUGUGAUUUCUGUGGCAAGUUACAGUACAUUGCUGUUUCUGUUGAAUAACAUUGCACUAUUCUGUUCAGCAUCCUGUUUUGAAGUAUUUAGUAAAUUUAAGAGCAUUGUGCAUAUAAAGAAUCUUCUUGCAUAAAUCACCUUA